AACAUAUUACAUUCUCAACCUGAGGCACGGCUUUUGGAUAACAAAUCAAGCGUAAUGCAAUACAAAAGACAGGAUUAGAGGGUGAAAAAUACCUUGGCAACAUCACAUUUGUCUCUGCCUGACAGUAGUGUUAACUCGUUUUAUAGUGUAUUGUCACAAUAACAACUUCCUUUGUCGAGCGUAAUUACUCCGGCAAACCUCUGAGAAAACCUCUCGCAGUGUUUUUCCACCAUGGAUCGAGGGAAAUCUAUAUUACUGGAAACAGGCUGUGUGUGCAUUCCUAUUAUCUUUAAUGUCGAGGCGGUGAAUUCCCAGAAAGAGAGCUCUGUCAGGGCGGCCCGACGGGGCGGAGUCAAGCCCUGCAAUUAUUCCUGGAAAGCGAAUAGGGGGAAGCUGCCGCGCGAUUCCUGGGAGCGAGCGCUCGCUUCAGCCCGCGGCCCAAACACGGGGGAGAGAUGAGUCUCAAAACCAGACACGGGGAAAUGACCGGGUUCACCACGGUGUUAUCCUGAGAAUCAGCCGAAAGAAAAACAAACAUUUUUUCAUCAGCAAAAGCGCUGCUAAAUACCGGAGCUGUUAGAGCAAGACAACCAGAGGCGAAAUGGGAGUUGGUGCGGCGGCUGUGACGUCAGAGCCGCCGGUGCUGUUCUCAGAAUAGACUUCUAGGAAACGGUAAUUUUUAAAAGCCCAGCCUUUACACUCUGUCCUUCACACAUUUGGAUCCCAUUCUGGUGACAACACACUCCAAACCGCUGCUACGGAGAUUUCUAUGUUUUAAACGUGUUGUUUUCAUGUUUCUCAUCCAGUGUUGUUCUUAUUACAACUAAAGGACCAGACCAUUACUGACUGGGUACACCGAGCUCUUUUAUCCCCGAUUUGAACGCUUUUCGUUUUGUUUUGUGGAAGUGCUUUUUCCUUUCUUCGGACGGAGAUCAUUUUCUCUAUGUUUCGUUAUUUUCUGCGGAAGAAACACUGACCGGAUCUUAAUCUGCAGAGGAUUUAAGGAAUAGCAUGAUUCUUUGUGUACCAGCUCCGCGAGCACCUCUGACUGCUGCUCCGUCCACUGAUACCCCGAGGGGGAUGCGGGCAGGAACAGCACCUACCCCUUGCCUUCAAAGCACCCCCCCACUAUGGGACCCAACAAAGGACCUGCGGGCGAUUGCCAGCAACUUCUGCUAUCUAGAAAACUCAGGAUGGUACUGGGGAGCUGUAACUGCAGCUCAGGCCCACGCUGCGCUUCAAGAGGCAUCUGAAGGAGCUUUUUUGAUACGAGACAGCAGUCACCCUCUGUACAUGCUGACCCUCUCCGUCAGGACGGCACGAGGUCCCACCAGUAUUCGGAUCCAGUACAGCGGGGCACAGUUUUUGCUCGACUCCAGUUCCCCGGCCAGGCCAAGCCUGUCGUCCUUCCCCAACGUGCCCAGCCUGGUGCAGCACUACAUGGGGCCAGGGAGGAAAGCAGAAGAGGGCAAGGUGUGGGAGGAGGCCCCUUCAAAACCCUGUCAGCAGACAAUUCAGGAGACAUCUGUGGUUUUAAAACUGAAGCGGCCCGUGUACAAGCCGCAGGGCCUCCCCUCCUUACAGCACCUCACUCGCCUGGUUAUAAACAGACACUCUGACCGGCCCGAGCAGCUCCCACUCCCCAGGCCUCUGCUGCGUUACAUUCAGGACUAUCCCUUCAAGGUAUGACGAGUGCCUCAUGAUGUUGUUACAUUUAAGGACAAAUAAACUGUCAAACAGGUCUCUGGUGCCUGAAAAUGACACCGCUGCUCCAGCAGUUGGAGGCCAGUCACGAAACCACUGGACACAGGGUGAUAUUUUUUGCUGAAAAAUGUGUAUAAAUUCAAUUUAUACUGACGUGCCUGGUGCCAGACUUGAUUGGUCGAGGAUUGGGUGAUGAAGUACGAAGACUUGAGCUCAAAGAUGUACUGUAAUCACAUAUUUUGUGAUUGAUGUGGGAAUUGUCCAUGUCCAUUUGACCCUCAUCAGUUGUGGAUGUACGUACUGUUUCCAAUAAGUACACUGAUUCCAUUAAGACAUCUUUAAUGCCGUUUUAUUUUUCUCAGUAAAACAUUUUUUCUACCUUUUACAUGUGUACAUUUUUCUAUUAAAAUAAUGAACUUACUUGCUGUCUUCUUAAUAAUUUUUACUUCCUCAUCUUUAUUAUUCACCACCACAUGAUGGUCUGUUUUUGAGUCACUUUUUCACAAAUCACCUUUGAACACAAAGACUGGCCUUUGAGCUUCAAGUGUGUGAGAUGCAGAUACAGAGAGGAAGUGAAGGCCACAUUGUGUGUGAUUUUGCUCAACAAUGCGCACAGCCUGCAUCUGAGUCA